ACUACGCGGCCCACAAAUAAAUUUCUCCCUCUCUUUCGAUCUGCUCCCAUCCAAUUUGUGGAUAACACAGUAUCUAUUCAGAAUAUGCACUCUCAUUGCCUCUUUGAAAUGUCUAAUUAGGUGAUUACCCACGACAAUUAAAUUUAAAGGAAAGGUGAAAAGGCAUCGAUCUUACAUGGAAAUCUAUUACAAUACACCAAACAAAAAAUUUUUGCCCGUCUUUUUUUCUCGCAAGGCUCCACCGGCAGAGAUAGAGACCAAAUCUAAUUACCACUCGAAUUUUUUUUUGCGCUGACAGACUCAUGGAUAGCAAUUGCAACUAUGCGAUAGGGACCGAUGAUGAAUCUCUAGACUUCGAAUAUCCGGGAAGAGGCGUCAUAUCUUUCAACGGAAACACAAAUGGCAGUAGCGAUACACAUAUGCGUAUUGGAUACACACAUUCGAGUAUUGGAAAUGGCAACGGUCAAAGUUCAARYGCUUUUGGUCGACAACAYAAUCAAUUUAACACUUCUUUGUAUCCUAUGCCUGAUUUUCCACCAUCAAAUCCAUCUUCCUUUCAGGAUUGCCAAAUUGGAAAAAUGUCYGAACAGCAGCCUAAAGCACCAAAUGAUGGCACAAUGUCCGACGAAACAGACGCGAUCUCAAAACUUAUGUUAGAMAUGUGGGAAAACAAAAAAGGGYCAAACGAAUACCUAGGUGACGAUACUUCAAAGGCACUAGUCACGAGCGUCGAAAAACUAGUUGCGAAGGAAUUAUUCGAGAUGGAAAAUGGCACACGUGAAGCAAUGUUGGACGAGUUGCACGGUGUGAAGUCAAGGGCGAUWYCGGAAUCACCAGAAUUGAUUGAGGCUGCCCUCAGGGCAUUCRAUAUAGAACUACAAAAUCUCGACCACAAGAAAGUAGUUAUUAAUAUUAACCAAGAGCGCCAUUCACUUGACCAAGCACACCUUCGCGCCACGAUGGACCUUCAAAGCAACUAUGUGACGUCGCCAGAAUUUCGGAUCCGAUUCUUACGUGCCGAAUUAUUUGAUGUCAAGAAAGCCGUGAUUCGGUACUGCAGAAAUCUAAAUUAUGUGUGGGAUUUGUUUGGAGAUACUGGUCUUCUGAGACAAAUUUAUCUUAGUGACUUGAACGAAAAUGAAAUAAGAUACCUCAAAGAAGGUCGAAUUCAAUGUUUGACGUCGAGAGACAAAAUGGGACGACGAAUAUAUUUUGYUUUCGGAUUGUAUAAUCUCCCGAUCCGAGAACGAAUGAGGGURGAAAUGUAUCUAGGAUUUGUGGUAACUGGUGACGACGUAUCAUCCCAAAAAUAUGGUGGAGUCGUCAUUAUUUUUGCUUCGUCCGAGGACAAGAAAARGAUUMUGUAUGAUGAAGAUGAACGCCAGAUCAUUUUCAACUUCACUAGAGCUUCACCUAUCCGAUAUACAGGCUUACAUUUUUGCAUGCCCGACGAGACAAUCUAUAAAAUCSUUAAAACUAUUGGCCUCUCGUUAAUGACGAGCGAUAUGCGGGCRACUUUUCGGGUGCACACCGGGAGUCACAUGGAAUGCAAUUAUGCUUUGAGCCAAUUUGGUAUUCCCAUAGAAGACAUCCCCAUAUCAGUAAACGGAACUGUCAAGAGUAGAUCGUGCCUAAAGAUGAUCAAGGCUCGAAAUGCAGUAGAGGACUACAUAAAACAACGAUGUUCGUUAUUGGAAACCAACUACGUAACAAAAGCUAUGGAAGAGCUUUUGAUCUUAUCACCUUCGGUGCUCAAGGGCUUUCCACCUUCUUGUCCAGGAACAGACUGUCCUGAUAUUGAUUGUAUUGUCUUUGGAGAUCGAGCGCUCUACAACCAUUCCGGUAACGUCGAGUUCCGUGAUUACCUUAGACGAAAGCGAUACUUACAAACWCAACGAAAAGAGGAAGAAAGGAUACGGGAUGGAAAACAGAAAASAGAAAAGAAGCGACUUUUUAUUGGAGAGUUCUUGGACGRCAUAAUCGAYGAGACUUCUAAGAGCUAUAAGUUUGCGUACUACRACAAGAAGACUGGGUGGUAUGCAUAUAUUCCCGUGGACACCCCAGAGAAUCGCCUAGAAAUUCGAAAGAGGAUUUCGCAGAUUAUACGRGACGAACGCAAACGUGAGAGAGCACUURAAAUCGACACAUCAAGCGUUGAUUCCGACUACCAAAGUGCAGAAGAUAACGACAAAGACGUUCUCUCAGCGGUCUCAAAACUAGGAGUAAACAACAAGCGCUUCAAGACGAACAAAAGUUGCAGWAGCUGUGUCUAGUUUAUAAACAACGAAGUUCUACAAGAAAUGAAAAGUUAUUCGUACUUUCCUAACUUACAAUUUAUAGAAUSCAAGAUAGACCAAAAGUCRAAGGCGGAAAAUUUCCGGUUCUUUGCCUGCAUCGAUCCUGACUGGUGCUAUUCAACACUGUAAUACARUCAACGAGUGAUAAUCGAAGAUGCUCCCCUGCCCCGUGUCACUUAACGUUUGCCUGCGUUUACAGCACUGGGAAAAAUAAAUGAUCCGGGAUUUCACCAUCCGUCUCUUGAAAAGAAAACUCCGCGACAGGCCGGCGUCCUAUAUUCGGUACUCUCACGACAUUUGCACUCCCCGAAAAUUUGUCUCCUUUYGUAGUAAUUGUUCUUGCACUUCUUGGUGUUUGAUGGGAUAUCGGUCUUAAUCUACUCGUUCUCGGUACAACGCUGAAAGCAGAYGAUGUAGAAUCGAACGACCCGAWGGACCUUAAUUGUUGGAUUCGAGAAAUGGCAUCGCUUAGGAACAUUUCAUCUUCAAUGCUCAUCGAUCGCUUCGCUKGCGGGGAUAGCAUAUCGRUAGCAUCGAUGCGGCUUUGCGAAAUAGAUGCAACGCCAAAUU